UUGUUGGGGGAAAAAUAGAGCCCCAGGCCUUUGCCCGUUUGGUGUCUGUGCUUUUCCGCCUCGAGUUUCUCACCACCCAGUCCUGAAGGGCAUCGCCAAAUCAUCCCAGGCUAUUGGGGGGUUUAAAAACAAAAAGGCCUAAGGGCUGGGCCUCUCAGGACGCCCAGAAACAAGAAGCAGCUCAAAGAACAAAGGGGACCCCCAACAGAAGUAAGUCUCUCCCGUGCACAGCCGUCAGUGCAAAGGCAACAGCCGAGACCGAGGCCAGCCAACCUGGGCGCGAGUGGAAUUCCAGGCCCGGGAGCUACCAAGCUCCUGAAGGCUUCCAGCUCCCUUCUCUGAGCUCCCUGUCUCCCACAGCGCAGGUGCCACCGCCACGCGGCUUUUACGACCCAAAGAGGGGGACCAACACGAUGGGAGCCCCAGGAAUCCUGGCUUCCGAACGUUCCAGGGGCGCCGGCGACUCGGAUCGGCCAGUAGGCAGAGCCCCCUUGCCUCUCAGCUAUGUGUGUGGUGUGCUUUCGUCUUUCGGAGCCCAGAGAUAUAACUACGCAGAUACUAGGCACUGCCAAGAAAUGAUUCCCUCAAGCCACUCCUGGAGGGCUAAGCAGGACCCUAAUACUUCGGACCACGGAUCCCCAGCCCCCAAGCGGCCUCGGUGGCUGAAGGGCGCCUGGGCCCACUCGCUGGGUUUUUCUGAGAACCCUGCUGCUUGGGGCCCAGCCGGCUGGAGGAACCCGAACGGAGGUGAAGAUUCUCCAGGUUGGAUAAAUAAGCAAACGUAAUAGCAAACCAAUAACACGAAACCCUUAUUUAUAAGAAGGAAAAAUUGACUCAAGUUAUCAGAGUGUAUGGAAUUUGACCUCGCCUCAGAGAAACACUGCACAAAAGCUAUCUUUAAUAGACGCCUGUCAUUUAAGACCGGCAGGGACACUGUCCCUCAAUGCGCUCACGCUCACAGAAACAGAGCUGUAAUUGUGGCUGCUGCUGUGGGCAGGAUUUAUUUCUCCAAUUGGCUAAACGGUCUCCUCCUCCUCUUCCCCGAAGGUGAUAUCUGUAUUUUCAAAAUUCACAGCUGCCGGCAGGACGGGCAGAAGCGACCCCAACCUCGACACAAAAAUCAGAGGGGCUACAAAGCAGGGAAAUAAAGUUGUUGUAAAUAAUUCCAAGUCACCACCUCCCCCUGAUCCUCUGCAUCCUCGCCGGGUGUGCGAUCGGCAGCUGACGGCCUCACAAUUGGUACAUCCUAAUGGAACUGCGAGGGAAAUGCAAUAAUUUUGCCAUAAUGGGCUGUAACCUCAAUUCGACCCCGGCCCUUGCAGCCCGAGGUCGGAAGCGAAGCGAUGCGCCCUGCCUCCAGAGGGUGGCGCUCGAGUCCGACUGAACGGCGGCUGCGGGUGGCGGGCACGCGCCCGGGGCGCGCGCGCCACCCUCGCCUCCACCCAACUCCCCCAUUAGUGCACGAGUUUACCUCUAGAGGUCAUCAGGCAGGAUUUACGACUGGACAACAAAAGCACGUGAUUCGAAGUCGUACCCCAUAUUUGGGUGCCUACGUAGGAGGGAACCAAGUACAUGUCCCAGUCAUUUCCAUAAUUCAUCAUAAAUUGUGCAAGGGUGCUAUAGACGCACAAACGACCGCGAGCCACAAAUCAAGCACACAUAUCAAAAAACAAAUGAGCUCUUAUUUUGUAAACUCAUUUUGCGGUCGCUAUCCAAAUGGCCCGGACUACCAGUUGCAUAAUUAUGGAGAUCAUAGUUCCGUGAGCGAGCAAUUCAGGGACUCGGCGAGCAUGCACUCCGGCAGGUACGGCUACGGCUACAAUGGCAUGGAUCUCAGCGUCGGCCGCUCGAGCUCCGGCCACUUUGGCUCCGGGGAGCGCGCCCGCAGCUACGCGGCCGGCGCCAGCGCGGCGCCCGCCGAGCCCAGGUACAGCCAGCCGGCCACGUCCACGCACUCGCCUCCGCCCGACCCGCUGCCCUGCUCCGCCGUGGCCCCCUCGCCCGGGAGCGACAGCCACCACGGCGGGAAAAACUCCCUGGGCAACUCCGGAGGCGCCUCUGCCAACGCGGGCGGCACCCACAUCAGCAGCAGCAGCGGCAGCAACAGAGAGGGGGUUGGCACGGCGGCGUCCGGAGCCGAGGAGGAUGCCCCCGCCAGCAGCGAGCAGGCGAGCGCGCAGAGCGAGCCGAGCCCGGCGCCGCCCGCCCAACCUCAGAUCUACCCCUGGAUGCGCAAGCUGCACAUAAGUCAUGACAACAUAGGUGGCCCAGAAGGCAAAAGAGCCCGGACGGCCUACACGCGCUACCAGACCCUGGAGCUGGAGAAGGAAUUCCACUUCAACCGCUACCUGACCCGCCGAAGAAGGAUUGAAAUAGCACAUGCUCUUUGCCUCUCCGAGAGACAAAUUAAAAUCUGGUUCCAAAAUCGGAGAAUGAAGUGGAAAAAAGAUAAUAAGCUGAAAAGCAUGAGCAUGGCGGCCGCGGGAGGGGCCUUCCGCCCCUGAGUGUUUUAUUUAAGUACUGAGCAGCAUUUGUAGUGUCAGUACUAAGGUGACUUUCUGAAACUCCUCUGUGUUCCUUCUGUGAAGAAGCUCUGUUCUCGUUGCCCUAAUUCAUCUUUUAACCAUGAGCCUGUUUAUUGCCAUUAUAGCGCCUGUAUAAGUAGAUCUGCUUUCUGUUCACCUCUUUGUCCUGAAUGGCUUUGUCUUGAAAAAUAGAUGUUUUAACUUAUUUAUAUGAAGCAAGCUGUGUUACUUGAAGUAACUAUAACAAAAAAAGAAAAGAAAAGAAAAGAAAAAAAAAACACACAAAAGUCCCCUUCAACCUC